GGUCAAACACACCAUAUCUCCCCCCUCUCUGCAGAUUAGCCAUUAAAGGACUUUGAGUUUCUUCCACGGAUGUGAAGGAAAACAUGUUUUAGCCGACAUAUCUGGGUGUUCUUGUUUUAUUGAUCAGGUUGCUAAUGGGCUCAGAGUCUCCACAAAGAGCAAAAACAUGCUGCUUCUGGUUCUCCACAAAGAAGAAGAUUGAUGAGGUCUCAGGAGGAUCAAACAUGGAGGAAAAAGAGAAGUGGGAAAAGAAGGAUGAAAUAUUAUCCGACAUGAGCACUUUUUCUGUCAGAGAACAAGAAAGGAGGCUGAAGAAGGCAUUGAAGGACGAGGAGAGGGUUAGUAGGGAGGCUGAGAAGGUUGUUCAAUGGGUGAAGCAGGAAUCAUCAAGAAUGGAUGAUUCUGUCAUCAAAUCUGUUCUAAAUCAUGAUAAAGGAACAAUUAUUAAGUAAUUCUUUUCAUUCUAUAUAGUUUUUUUUUUUUGUUCAAGUUUGAUGCAUGGAAAAAUGUACAUGGCCCUCUCAUGUG